AUGGCAUACAUUUCAGGAAAGGCGAAGACUGCCUUACUUGCUUAUUCUUUGAUAGUGGCACUGAACUCUUCCUUGAUAUCCGUGCUCUAUCUGCUGCCGAUUCUUAUCAAUGUUUCCUUUGUCAUAAAAUUCUUACUUAAUCGAUCGAUUGGGUUCAAGUCAACAGCUAACUGGCUUCAAGAAAGGCUGAAAUGGAUUCUGAAUAUUUCACCGGAACCAAACACCUUUCAUCCUAUUUAG